AUGGAGACCCUAAGAAGGGAAACAACUUCCACGGUUACGAGGUGGGUUCUCGAGAAAAGGGGCAACACUCACAAAACAACUAUGCUGGGUGCGCGUGUUCCACCUGACCUUACGGGCGUUCAUCGAUCCUCGUCGAGGUCGCUUAAACCUCAAACUUUACUACUUUUACAACUAAUACUUAUGGUAUAG